GUCCCGCGCUGCUGUGUUGUGUUGUGUUGGUUGCUAUGGGCGGGGCCAAGGCUCAUUCCCCCUGCUGGCGUCACUCAACGGAGAGUUCCGCAUUCCACCGCGCGCAGCGAUACAUAAACGCGCUGAUGCAACGAGAACAAACCACAAACACACAAACGAGCUGAACGGACGAGCAACCGUCAACUCCCAGAGCAAAACAACAGCAAUGAUGCCUGGUCAAAUCCCUGAUCCGAUGGUCACGGCCGGGUCUCUUCCCAGUGUCGGUCCUCUGGCUGGCAUUCCCGCCACCACCCUGACAGACCAGCUGAAACUGGCAGAGCUCUACAGCCUCGGUGCCGUUCUGUCUCCUCUCAUCCUCAACAGACACGCCAAGAGACCGUUCGACGACAUCCAGGGUGAGGAGGAAGGUGACAACGAUGAUCGCAAGAAAAGAAGGCGAGAGAAAAAUAAAGUUGCAGCCGCUCGCUGUCGGAACAGAAAGAAGGAAAGAACUGACUUUCUCCAGAAAGAGUCGGAGCGGCUGGAGAUGCUGAACUCGGGCCUGAAGUCUCAGAUCGAGGAGCUGAAAUCAGAGAGACAGCAGCUCAUCGUGAUGCUCAACCUCCAUCGGCCCACGUGCAUCGUCCGCACCGACAGCGUGAAAAGCCCCGAGAGCGACGAGCAGCGAGCCGAGCUGUCCGACUGAACAGAGGAAACUCUAC